AUGUGUGUUGACAACAAUGCUGGCGCAGGCCAGACAACGGCACAAUCUAAUUCACAGCCCAAUAAUCUCGCAGACCAGGAGGUCAUCAUCGAAGCUGAUGAAGAGGACGACGCGUCCGAAACUGGGGCACUUAGCAUAGCAUCGUCGAGCACAAGCGUCACUAGCUCGAUUCUUGACUACCGCAUCGAAAAUGGUAGAACGUAUCACAAGUACAAGGACGGAAAGUACAAUUUGCCCAAUGACGAAAGGGAGAAUGAAAGACUUGGUGGGUGUCUUCUGAGAUACUGUGACACCCUGAUGAAUAAUUUGACUGACUUCUCAGAUCUGCAACACACGCUGUUCCUGCUUACAUUCUACGACAAGCUUGGCAAUGCUCCUCCGAAUGACCCAGGAUCAAAGGUUGGAAGGGUCCUUGAUGUCGGCACGGGUAGUGGUAUCUGGGCAAUUGACUAUGGUGAUGAACAUCCUGAGGCUGAGGUCCGUGGCAUAGAUCUAUCUGCUGCGCAACCGAUGUUUACUCCGCCCAACGUGAGAUUCGAGAUUGAUGAUCUCGAGGAGCCCUGGACAUUCUCGCAACCAUUCGAUUACAUCCACAGUCGAAUGAUGAACUCAUCUGUCAACAAUUGGAAGGAAUACAUCGACAAGUGCUUCAAGAACCUCACGCCGGGUGGCUGGUUAGAGUUGAACGAGAUUGACAUUACUCCCCUUUCAGACGACGGUACACUGAAACCCGAACACUCGAUUUCGCGCACUGUGGGCUUGCUUCAAGAAGCUUCAGAAGUGUUCGGCCGUGCUUACCAAGAUGUCAAGCAACUGAAGUUCAUGUUGAUAGAGGCUGGCUUCACUGAUGUGACCAUGCAACAUUUCAAAUGGCCUACUAACCCCUGGCCGAAGGAGGCAAGGCACAAGGAACUUGGGGCCUGGAACAACGAAAACCUCGCACAAGGCUGGGAGGCAAUUUGCAUGGCGCCGCUAACCAGAGCAUUGGAAUGGACUAGAGAAGAAGUCAUUGUACUCAUGGCAGAGAAUCGCAAAGACUUUGCGGAUCGCAACAUCCAUGCCUACUUCUCAAUCUGGUCAAUUUAUGGCAAGAAGCCGGAAGAAUCUGAAGAGACAUCGCCUGAUAAUGCUUGA